GCAACGGCGCACAGCUUUGUGAGGGGCCCCGAAGAAACACAUGCGUGCCACGCGUUGCGCACAAGACACGCCUCCAUCCGUUUAGCCUGCGCCCACACGAGGGCGGAGAAAAGUGUUCUGCCGCCAUCACCUGUUGAAGCGUUCUUGAAAGUUCACUGGGGUCUUUCUUUCGCAAAUAAACAACAAGAAGGAAAUUGCCUCGUCGACUACCAGUUUGGAUGUUCUUCAGCGCUAUCCCAUAGACGUGUACGAUCUCUCUUUUGUUUUCUUUCAUUUCUCUUCCUGCCUUCUGUACGCUUUCUGUGGUUUUCCACCCCUUUGUAUAGAAGGUGCAACGAUGCUACGGCAUACGCUGAGUCGAUGGCUGGAGCGCAAGUCGGUGCGUCCCGUCAUGUCCAGAGCGGGUCGCACAGCAAGCCGGCCGCUCCCAACCCCCACCGCGACCGCCUCCGCCUCUCCCGGCUAUCGAAGUGGAGACACGGACGAUCUUGACGGGUCGGAGUCGCUCGACCUAAUGGAUGACAUUCCUAUUGAGCCGCUGGGCCGCCCGCUGCACACGAGUGCCGCUGCGCACGGCAGUAGCCGCAACAUGAGUGCGCAGGAGAUGCUCUCACGCCUGGAGCGAAAGUACGACCUUCCGCCAGCCGGUGCUCAGGGGGGAGUGGGAGAGCGUAGGAGUGAGGCGCCGCAGGAGCAGCGCUCCGCCGCUGGGUCCGCACGGCGGGUGAUGUCCAUCACACGGCGGCCGCAUUCACCACCCUCCGCAACCGUCGGAGGAACGGACGAAGAGGCAGCACACAUCGACCCUGCCCAGGGCUCUCUCGGGAAGACAGCACGGACCCCUCACGGUAGUCACACCGCAGAGACGAUGGCGGGGACCAGCGCCGGUCACAUGGAGAGUACCCACGAAGAGCAACAGCACACAGCCAGCGACGUGGGGGACGGCGCAGCGGCGAGCUCGUCGCCCACCGCCGCCAAGUCCGCCGACGCCUACCGCUUUCUCUUGAACCACAUCGAUGCCGAAAUCGCCGCUCUGCAGCGUCGCCACUCCUCCGUCACGACGCGGCGCCAAAGCGUGCAGACACGGCAGACGCAGCGCAUUAAGGAGCUCUUCGAGCUGAUGGAGGCGCCGUGGACGCUGCUGCCGACGGAGAUGCAGCCGGCCCUGCCUGCGACCGGGGUGGAUGUCUACAUCAAGGAGCAGCAGCUAGCGCGGCAGCAGCGACUCAGCGGGGGCGGCAGCAGCGCCAACAGCAACCACCUUCCCAACGCUGCCGGACACGAUGGGCAGGAUAAAAUGUACGUGCUGGCGCUCCACAAAAACUACAAGUCCAUGCCGGCCGGUCGCAAGCGCUUCUACGAGGAAGCCGCCAACUACAACGCCGCGGUGAGGGAGGAGAUGAAGUACCAGCUCACCCGCGGCUGUACCCGCUUCGAAGCUUUUCUGGACCGCGUGAAGGAGUGCACGAUGGAGAUGGCGCGGGAGGGGCAGAUGCCGGAGAUGCCCACCGGUCACGCACAGCAGCGCUUUCACGCACAACGCGGCGCAUCGGGCUCGCGGUACAACGGCGCGGUGCGAGCGCCGUGGAAUGCAGCGUCCGCAGAGGGAGUUAGCGCAGGUCGAAGGACGAACUCGCUAGCCGGACACGAGGCAUCAGCAGGCGAGGUGGCGGCGGGGGGAGAGACCGCGGAAGGCGGCUCGCUGCAGGAGUCCUCCACGGCGGUCAAGACCGGUAGAAGGAAAGGCCGGCGUGCGUCACAACGACUUAAAGAUGCCGCCACGACGGCUACGAUAGAAAACGCAAAGAGCCGCGUUGCUGCGACGGCGGUUGGGGCAGACUCUCCGUCCCCCAAGAAGGCCAAAGGGAAGGGCCGCCACACGGCCCCUGCGCAUGCGAAAGCCUUUCAUGCCGCCAAGCUAUCCAAGGGCAAGAGGAAGACAACGAAGGCGGCACGACCUGCAAAGGCGGUGGCCGGCGGUCGCGGCGGUGCGCAUGGAAAGAAGUCGCCGUCUUCUGCUGCGGCUGCUGCGUCGCCUCGCAAGUCCGGCGUCUCCCGCUCGAUUCCGCUGCCAAACCUCAAUCGACUAGCGCUCAAGAAGAUAGAGCAAAUUGCAGCACCGCCGGGAAAGAAGAAGAGGGUGGCGGCCGCGGUGACAAAGGCCGCUAAGGCACAGAGCGCUGGUGGCAAGAAGAGGAAGAGGUAA